CACCUAAUCCGCUCCCAUUUUAAAAGAGAAAAUUAAGAACAUGAAUUUCCGCUCUCUAGAGCUCCAAUCUUCUACUUAAAUCUUCCCUCCAUCGAAUCUCUAUCCAUCUCAGUUCGAUCAUCAACAUCUUCCUCGUUCGAAAGCCGUUUCUCUCACGCGAUUUUGUGCCGGAAAAUGUCUUGCGAGCUUGAAACUGCUCCUCCAACGCUCAGAACAGUCACAAUCUCGUAUUCGGAGCUCCAGGAUAAAGAUGGAGAUUUGUCGAUGAAGAUUGAGAAUGGUUUUGGGCCCGAUGGAUUGGGGAUUAUAUCCAUUUCAGAUGUUCCAGGAUUUUCUUUAUUACGCCAAAAUCUCUUACAUCUUUCCCCCCGAUUAGCAAGACUUCCUGAAGAGGUGGCGAAGGAGCUUGAAGAUCCAGAUAGCAGGUAUGGCUUUGGAUGGAGUCAUGGAAAGGAGACGCUAGAGUCUGGUAAACUUGACAUGUUGAAAGGCUCUUUUUUCGCAAAUCCAGUUUUAGACACACCAACGACUGAGGAUUUUCUUAUACAACGGUAUCCAUCAUAUUGUAGGCCAAAUAUAUGGCCUAGCAAUGCUUUGCCUAAACUUGAAGAGGCAUUCAAGGCUCUUGGGAAGCUAAUGUUGGAUGUCGGAUUGAUGUUGGCUUAUCACUGUGACCGAUAUGUAACCAAAGGGGACCUGUCGCGCAAUGAUGAAAGCCUCAAGCAGAUACUUCUGCGUUCUCGGUGCCACAAAGGUCGUCUGCUGUAUUACUUUCCACCACCACAGAGUGAUUGUACCCAAGAUCUUGGCACCAUGUCAUCUUGGUGCGGAUGGCAUACUGACUUUGGUUCUCUUACAGGUCUUACCCAUGGUAUGUUUACAAGAGAUGGUGUAGAAAUAGCAUGCCAUGAUAGUGCUGCUGGCCUUUAUAUUCGAACGCGAACUGAUCAGAUUGUCAAAGUUAUCUUUGGAGAAGAUGAAAUUGCAUACCAAAUUGGCGAAACUUCAGAAAUACUAUCAAGAGGUCGUCUUUGUGCAACACCACAUUGUGUUCAGGCGCCUAAAGGAGAAAAGGCUUUAGGUGUGGAACGUUCAACUUUCGUUCUGUUCAUGCAACCUGACUGAGGCUGUUACACCAGCUGUUUCAGUUGCCGUUUGAUGAGGACAUCACAUCACGUACACUUUUCCGUACGUAUCAAAGGAGGAGGCGGGCCCUCCAAUUUCUCCGUAGCUAGGCAAGUAUUCAUGUUGAAGACCCCAUGUGCAUGUGGGAGCAUCUGAGAGACCCCACACUAGGAAGAUGCACAUGAGUUGCUUUAGGGAGUGAUUUGGACCGUUGGAUUUGAGGGACACGACGAUCGGGCCGUUGGAUCGCAUGGAUUACAUGAUCGGGUCAUUGAUUGUGAACCAUUCUCG